AUGGCGUCAGAGCAAGCAAGAAGAGAGAAUGUGGUGAAGCAGAGGGAAGUUAAAGUGGAGAAAGACAAAGGGAGAGACAAUGGUGUCCAUGUUACUCACGCUGCGACUGAGAGAGGAAGUCAUGGAGGCGGAGAAGCUGCUGCUGUGUUCGGAAAAGAAGGCCCUGGGAGAGUAGGAGUAGAGCUGACGGGAGAAGGGAGAGAAGAGUUAGAGAGUGGCGCUCAUGGCUUUCAUGGAGAGAAAGCACGGCAUGCUCAGCUUUUGGCUGCAGGAGGCGAGGAGAUAAGAGAAAGGAAAGGUCAGGUGUCAGUCCGUGGUGGUCGGAGUGCAACUGAGACGGUCACCGAGAAAGGACGGCAAGAUAAGGAAAGUGUUGGGAAAGAUGCUCAGAAAGCGGCGGAUAUGGGAAAAGCUGCGAAAGAUACGGCGAGUGAGAAAGCUCAGAGAGCUUCUGAUUACGUGACGGAGAAGGCAAGGGAAACUGGACAUGUGGCGGCUCAAAAAAGGCAAGAGGCAAAGGAACAAGCUGACAGAGGCAAAGAUACAGCGGCCGAGAAAGCACGGAGAGCUUCCGAGUAG